GUAGAGGAGGAGGAGAAGCAGGGGAGGAAGAAAAUAAAGAAGGAGAAAAAGGUAGAAGAGAAGCAAGAGCUGGGAAGGUUGGGUGAGGAAUUAGGAGUGGGAGAUGUAGGAAAGGAAAGUGAAGAUGAGAAAGGACUAAAGGAGGGCGAGGUGGAUGAACAGGGAGAAAAGGGAUGGGGGCAGAUUCAGAGCAUGGAGACUGAGGAAAAGGAGGUGGGGAAUGGAGAUGUGCUUGGGAAAAAGCAGAAAGCCAGGGAGAAAAAGCCAAAAGAGAAAAAGGAAGAGAAGGGGAAGAAAGAUAAAGAGAAGAAGAGCAAAGAGGAAGAGACCCCAAAGAAAACCCAGAAAAGAAAAUCUAAGAAUGAAGGAGAGGAGAAUAACAACAAAAAGGUUAAAAAGGGGGGGAAUGGAAAAGAAAAGAAAGAAGAAACAGAAAGCAAGUGGAAAUGGUGGGAAGAGGAGAAGACAAAUGAUGGGGUGAAGUGGAAACAGCUGGAGCACAAAGGACCCUACUUUGUCCCUCUCUAUGAGCCUCUGCCUGAUGAUGUGCAAUUUUAUUAUGAUGGUAAACCCCUGAAGCUGAGCCUGGCCACGGAGGAAAUUGCCACUUUCUAUGCAAAAAUGCUUGAUCAUGAGUACACAACUAAAGAGAUCUUCCAGAACAACUUUUUUAAUGACUGGAGGAAGGAGAUGACACCUCAGGAACAAGAGAUAAUCAAGCAGUUGGACAAGUGUGACUUCAGGGAGAUUCAUAAGUACUUUGUAGACAAAAAUGAGGCACGGAAAGCACUCUCCAAAGAGGAGAAGCAGAAACUGAAGGAGGAGGCAGAUAGGAUCCAGGAAGAGUAUGGAUACUGCAUCCUUGAUGGGCACAGGGAGAAGAUAGGCAACUUCAAAACCGAGCCUCCAGGGCUGUUCCGUGGACGUGGUGAUCACCCCAAAAUGGGUAUGCUGAAGAAGAGGAUUAUGCCAGAAGAUGUGAUCAUCAACUGUAGCAAGGACUCCAAGAUCCCUGAGCCACCAGUGGGGCAUAAAUGGAAGGAAGUACGCUCUGACAACACAGUCACUUGGCUGGCCUCAUGGACUGAAAAUAUCCAGAACUCCUUAAAGUACAUCAUGCUGAACCCCAGCUCCAAGCUGAAGGGGGAAAAGGACUGGCAGAAGUUUGAAGUAGCCCGGAGGCUAAAGGAUGUUGUCCACAAAAUCCGUGCUCAGUACCAGGCUGACUGGAAGUCCAAGGAGAUGAAGAAGCGACAAAGAGCAGUGGCCCUCUACUUCAUUGAUAAGCUGGCCCUGAGAGCUGGUAAUGAGAAAGAAGAAGGGGAGACAGCAGACACAGUUGGCUGCUGUUCCCUACGUGUGGAGCACAUCAAGCUGCACUCGAAGCUGGAUGGGCAGGAGCAUGUGGUGGAGUUUGACUUCCUUGGGAAAGACUCUAUCCGCUAUUACAACAAAGUGUCUGUGGAAAAGCCAGUGUUCAAGAACCUGCAGCUAUUCAUGAAGAACAAAGACCCGGGUGAUGACCUCUUUGAUAGGCUCUCUACAGUCAUCUUGAACAAACACCUUCAGAAGCUGAUGAAUGGUUUGACUGCCAAAGUGUUCAGGACCUACAAUGCUUCCAUCACCUUGCAGGAGCAGCUCAAGGCCCUCACUAACCCUGAAGACAGUGUUGCUGGAAAGCUUCUCUCCUACAACCGAGCAAACCGAGCUGUGGCCAUCCUGUGCAACCAUCAGAGAUCCACGCCCAAAACCUUUGAGAAGUCAAUGCAAAAUCUGCAAACCAAGAUUGAUGCCACGAAGGAAAAGCUGGAAAAAGCCCAACAAGAGCUGGAAGAAGCUGAAGAUGAGUUAAAAGACAAAAAAGAUGCUAAAGCAGAGGCCAAUGUGCAAAAGAAAAAGAAGCUGUUGGAACGUCUGAAGGAGCAGCUGGCCAAGCUGAAUGUCCAGGCUACAGACAAGGAGGAGAACAAACAGAUAGCUCUGGGCACGUCCAAGCUGAAUUACCUGGAUCCCAGGAUUAGCAUAGCCUGGUGUAAGAAGUUUGGUGUGCCCAUUGAGAAGAUCUUCAACAAGACACAGAGGGAGAAGUUUGCCUGGGCAAUCGACAUGACUGAUGAGGACUUUGAGUUCUGAGGAAGCACCUUUCCUGUUAGCCUCAUGCUCAUCUGGUGCUGUUUAAUAACUUUUUUAUGUGCUGCUGCAGUUGUUAUAGAGGUGGGAUGGUUGUCUAACACAAGUCUGUAGGUGUUUCAUGCUGGUUUCUGUAUUAAAAAAAAAAAAAUUAGAAACCAAGUGUUGAAAGCAAAUACUACUGACUUGUGACACUCAUUCGGAGUGCAACUUAAAUGUGAACUUUUAAUUCCUCUCUAGAGCUGCCAGGUACUUUGGAUAUCUUCUUCCUUCCUCCUCGUCCAGAAUCUUGGAAGAAGAUUGAGAGCCUUAACUGUGCCAAUAAAUAAGAUUACACAGUUAAUCCUAUCUCCUUGUGGAGAAGUGCUGUGGUUCUUAGGUGCUCUGAAUUAUCCUGAUGCGGAAACAUGAGGCAGUGAUGUGCUGAAACAGGCAGCUGCAGUGUAAGACCUGGGCUUAGGUCAGGGGAUGCACUGGAAUAAAGGGAAAAAAAAAAAAUCUCAGGGUCUUUUGUGCUUUUUCAUUCUUGGGAUUUGACAAAACUGCAAUUGCACAAAUAUAAUCAAAUUGGAAACACUUUAGGAGGGAGCCAAUAUCAUUGAAGGAGCAGCUGCAUCCUUGAGAAGGAGGGAUGGGAAGAUGCUGGGUCAGAAAGUGAGUUUAAUGGUAGAAUGCUGAAAAUGAGUGAGAUAUACUCCACCUCUACAUGAUCAAGCCUUUGGUUUGUGAGAACAGAUCUCAUUUUGGUCCAGAAAUAAGCUCUCCAGCUACUGACUUCACGCUGGGAAAGUGUAAUGCUGGCUGUGAGACUAUGGUGGGAUGCAGAUGUACUGGGAAGUGGUAGCAAUCAGCAGCCUGCAUUCUUCCAGUGGACAUGGAGAAGGCACAGACCAAUUGCAGGUGCUUGCACAGUUGGCUGCUUUUCAGAGAAAGGAAAAAAGUGAUAUUUGCUUGUACAGUUAGCCUAGUUGUCAGUGAACCUCAAGUUGCAUCAACAGCAAAACCUUAUAACUCAGUGCUGACGUUGAAGCUGCUGUAGUUGGUGCAUGUAAUGGGUUUGUUUACAGCCACAUGUUCUUGUGUUUAAAUUGCUAUUUCAGUUGGAAGCUAUUACAACUGGAAGUGAUUUUUCUGAAUGCCUGAUUGGAAGCCAGGGGCUUUUUUGCAGCUUGAACUGGAUGUGGUUCUGCUGAGAGCUGAUGCUCCAGCUUUGUGCUCAGGCUCUACAAUGGGGGUGUGUAUAUGUGCUCAGUUGCCUGCAGAAAUUGCUAUUAAAUCCUUUGCCUUCAAGUGAAGAACCUCCUGGCAGAUCUCAAACCAUUUGUGGUUGGUUCCUAAGGGCCUCUAUGCCUCAGGCAUGAGGAGAAAUGCAUGAGCAAACCCAAUGCAGUUUUAUCUUGCAUCUGUACUGGUGUGGGAUGAUGUGUGUAAUAGUGCUCCAUGACUUAGCUGAGAUGUAACAGUGCUGUCUGUCCAAGCUGUGGGAGCUUAUAUAGAGCUUAAGUGAGGCAACUGAAUUCUCAAACAGGGAUUUGAAUGGUGGCAAAAGUGAGAGGGGCCUUAUUUUCCUGGCAAAGCUAGACCAGCUAUCAGUGAAGCUGCCAAGCAUGCCUUGACCCCUAUGUUGAAUUUGUACCUGCAAGCACAAAAGACUCAGUUUGGCUCCAGUGCAUUGAGUUAUUUACCUACUAACAAAUAUUUCCUGGCUUUAAAAAGAGUGUUUUUUUUUUUCUUUAAAGAUUUAUUGGAAGUUUGUUCCACCCCAAAUAAGGGGGUAACUCCAGGGGAAUCCCAGGGGGGUGGGGAGGAAUACUCUUUUUAUUGCAGAAUAAAGAAACAAGAUGCAAACGGAUAAGCACAGUGAAUGUUUCUCACAAGGAACUGUUUUAAUAAGAGCAGCUGCAUGUGGGCUAUAUAUAGUAUUGAAGGGCUUCUUGGCCAUGCUCAGAUGCUCUGGACAUCAGGAUUGUGAAGAGCUGCCAGUGUCAGAGAAACAGUUACUGGUUGUAAUGUAGGAGCUUAAAUAAAGCAUCUACAUUUUUUUUUUUUCCUAGGAGGGUGUUAACCUGUGUUGCAUUUACAUGUAGGGCUUGUCAAGUUCUGUCCAAAAAAAAAAAAAAAAAAGAUUCAAUAGAGCAAAAGCAAGGUGGGGAAAUCAUGUGUUUGGCUAGGUAUCAACUACUGGGUUGAGCAAUGCAAUACCUUGGAACUAGCUGAGCUUUAAGGAGAAAAGGUGUCAAGUCUGAGGAGCGUCCUUUUGGCCGGUGGCCAUAAUCAAGCAACCCAGAAAUUGGGGAAGGUGGGUUUCAUAGAAUCAUAGGAUGGCUCGGGUUGGAAGGAAUCUCAAAGACCAAGUUCCAGCCCCCUCCAGCUCUGGGCAGUGUUGCCAUCCACUUGAUUAUAUUGCUCAUGGCUCCAUUCAGUCUGGCCAUGAAUAACUCUAGGGUGUUUGCCAGCACCUCACCACCCUUUCAGUGAAAAAUUUCCCUCUGGUAUGAUUUCUCACCAUUGACAUCACAAUGGCAAAGUGUGGUGAUUGGUCUAAUUUCUAAGUUGCAAGGGAUUUUCCACUGCUCCUGUAGAGCAGGAAUGUGCCUCCAUCACAGACAUCCAUAAGAGCAGUCACCAUUGGGUGACUCAUGUUCAGCUGAACCUUACUUUCCUUGGCCCUUUCAGGGGUGCUUUCAAUUCAGUUUUUCCAGUGAGGUGACUUUUCUGUAGGCACCUAAAAACCUGAAGCUGGUGACUAAGGUGCUUGGUAACUUCAUUUUUC